AUGGGUUCGCUUCCUUCGCCGCCACGACCAACGGCCCCACCAUCACCAUCCCCAGAAAAUUUUCUUUCCAAUUAUGUUGUGGUAGCUGUUUUUUGUCCUAGAGAACCAACCCCAAAUGUGAGUCUUCCCAAUUCAAUUGAGCUCUAUUACCCAUCCAUCAACACAUGGACCUAUGUUGGUUCAAUUCCUGGCCUAAUUGAUGACCAAGUCUUGAAGGGGUUUGCUAUGGUGUCCCUAGGAGACUCUAUUUAUAUAAUUGGUGGCCAAAUUUGUCACAAAGAAAAGGUUCAUGUUUCUGAUGAAUCUGCUGAAUUCGUUGACGUGGGUAUACAAGUUGUACCAACAGUUCUCCGUUACAACAUAAGAACAAACCAAUGGUUCAACUGUGCCCCACUAGGUGUGGCAAGGUAUGAUUUUGCCUGCACCGUUUGUGACAACAAAAUCUACGUGGCAGGAGGGAAGUCCACGCUGGCAAGCGCCAGAGGGAUCUCAUCGGCUGAGUUGUACGAUCCUGGUCUUGACACGUGGACUCAUUUGCCUAAUUUGCACAUUUUGAGGUAUAAAUGUAUAGGUGUGACAUGGCAAGGAAAAGUUUAUGUGGUGGGAGGUUUUGCUGAGAGAGAAGACUCGGAUAAAACAAUGCCAAGCAUAGUUGAACGUAGCUCAGCUGAGGUGUAUGACACGCAAGCAAGAAAGUGGGACCUAAUAACGGGUAUGUGGCAAUUGGAUGUGCCACCUAAUCAGAUUGUGGCAGUGAAUAGCACACUUUUUAGUUCAGGGGAUUGCUUGAAUGCAUGGAAGGGACAUAUUGAGGCUUAUGAUGGCAAACUUUGGAAUGAAGUUGAUGGGUCGCGCAAGCGAAGCCUUUGCACGUGUGAGAAUUGGCCUCCUAAUCAAAGACUGUACUUAACUAUGGCCCCAGUUGGAAAUAGGUUAUUUUUCUUGGCAGGUUACAGGAUAGGUGGGGAUGGAGAACUAGCAAGGACAAUGUCUGUUGUUCAUAUAUUUGACACAUCAGCCACGAGUGAUGCUUGGAGGAGCUUUGAGCCAAUGGAAUUGGAGGGUGAGAAAGAGCUUUGUACACAUUCAUGUGUUGUGCAACUCUAA